AUGUUCCCUCCCUUGCUAACCUCCUCUGCUGAGGCCAUUAUCAAUGGCAUCAUCAUUGAUAAUGAUGCUUCGGAAAUUGCCCCUCCUUUCCUUGGUAAGCGACCAGCCUUCCUCUGGACACCGGGAAUAGAGACAUGCAACAGUCACGCUCAUGGGACCAUGACGGUAAGGUAUGAUAAGGAGCGACCGGAUACCCCAGACGGAUGUUUCUUGACAACUGAUGAACGCAAGUCGGUGUGA